AUGGCGAUGGACGGAAUGAUGUCCACGUCCUCGGGUCUGUCUUAUCACAAUGCCGGGGACUUUUACCCUCGAAAGUUCGGCCCGAAGCCGGACGUGGUGCCGUCCGGGGUGACCGAGAGAAAGGUGGGCCCGCUGGAUAAACCUGACAUGGUGUCGGUGGAUGUGAUCAACAUCAAGGAUUCAGAUGUCCCCAUGCACAGGAAGAAGCACGAGCACGACACGUACGUCUUGGGCACCAUCCAUCCGUUCAGGAAGACACACAGAUCCAUUUUUGGGAAACUCCUGCAAGAAUUCAGACUGGUUGCCUCAGAUAGACGGUCAUGGAGGAUCCUGCUGUUCGGAUCACUCAACCUGCUGUGUACCGGCUGUCUGCUGAUGUGGUGCAGCUCCACCAACAGCAUGGCCUUAACUGCCUACACAUACCUCACCAUCUUCGACCUCUUUAGUUUGAUCACCUGUCUCAUCAGCUCGUGGGUGACCAUGAAGAAACCCAGUCAGGUCUUCUCCUUUGGGUUUGAAAGACUGGAGGUCUUGGCAGUUUUUGCCUCCACUGUUCUCGUCCAACUGGGGGCCCUGUUCAUCUUAAAAGAGAGUGUGGAGCGCUUCAUGGAGCAGCCUGAGGUCCAUACUGGUCGUCUGUUGGUCGGGACGUUCGUCGCUCUGUUCUUCAACCUGUUGACUUUGCUGUCUGUCAGGAACAAACCGUUCGCCUACGUCUCAGAAGCGGCCAGCAGCAGUUGGCUUCAGGAACAUGUGGCAGAUCUAAGCCGAAGUUUGUGUGGCAUCGUUCCAGGCCUCAGCAGUGUGCUGCUGCCUCGCAUGAACCCAUUUGUCCUGAUCAACAUGGCAGGAGCUCUGUCCCUCUGCAUCACCUACAUGCUCAUAGAAAUCAAUAACUACAAUGCGGUGGACACAGCGUCGGCGGUCGCCAUCGCUCUCAUGACCUUUGGCACCAUGUAUCCCAUGAGCGUCUACAGCGGCAAAGUGCUGCUGCAGACCACGCCCUCCCACAUCAUCGGCCAGCUGGACAAACUGUUGAGAGAGGUGUCGACUCUGGACGGAGUACUGGAGGUUCGCAAUGAGCACUUCUGGACUGUUGGCUUCGGGUCUCUGGCCGGCUCUGCACACGUUCGUAUCCGUCGUGACGCCAAUGAGCAGCUGGUCCUGGCUCACGUCACCAACCGGCUGCUGCCGCUCGUCUCCACGCUGACCGUCCAGAUCUUUAAAGACGACUGGACCAGACCUCUGCUCACCGGGGCCCUCUCCAACUCCUCCUCCCCCUCCGUUCCCCCUCUGGGUCCUAUUGAAGGCUACGCCCCCCUGUCCUCCUCCUCUCUGCCUCCUCUGCUGUUGUCUUCUGGAGGAGAGCUGGACCCGCUGACCUCCACGCCCUCCAAACCCAGCAGCCCUCCUCCAGAGUUCUCCUUCAACACACCGGGGAGGAACGUGCAGCCGGUUGUCCUCCCGGCUCUGGGUCAACACACCCACAGGCCCUACGGAGGCCUGGGACUCGCCUACGGUGCGUCUGCCUACACGGGGAUGCUGAAUCAGGGCCUGGCGCGGCCCGGCGGCGGCGGGCUGGGACUCGGUGUGCAGGGUCUGGGGUCUGGCUUUGGACUGGGUGUGGGCAGGGGCGGAGUGCCUUCAUCUCAGAACUACAGAACUGCCUUCGGGGGGUCCGCGGCCCCGCUCGGGUUUGGAACCGGCGACCCUCUGGCUUCACAGUACAGACAAUACCGACCCUGAUUGUGCUGAACGGGGCCAGAACUGUUCUGGUCCUUUCGAAUACUUGAGCGAAAACGUGGGGUGAUUGAUUCACGAUAGAGGUCCAGUUUCUCCACACUUCACUUCAGAUAUUUGAAAACUCUGAUGAGACUGACGUCCUGCCCCGGCUGGAUGGACGACACUACAACAUUUCGUCCCAGUGUGACAACAACAUGAUAACUUUAGAGAACAAAGCUGUUUCCAUCACGUUCUGGUGUAAAACCCUGUAGUGUGAGCCUCCCCUGACUUCAGAAGAGAAAGGGAGAGUGUGUCGAGGUAUUUAUUUGCGAGAAGGGGACCAAGAGGUUGACUGUGAUUGGAUUUGGUAUGUUUGAGUCUGGUUUCCUUUUCAGAAUCUUGAGAAACAGCAUUUUUAUGGGACUGACUGUGAGGUUUGACAGUAAGAAAGCAAUGUGCCCACGCAUAUACUAACUUUUAUUUUGUAACGUAAAAGGCUGUGAGCAAACUUUUUUGCGAACAUGGUCGAACAACAUUCCAGGAGAGAGGAAAUAAAGCCUUGAAAUAAAUCAGAGUCCAGCUUGACAUUUAAAAUGUCCGGAGUGGUUGACAGUAGAACUAUUUUAAACUCCUCAAUAACCGACAUUACAAGCACACGGUGGCAAGGAUGUCAAAGGUCAGAGGUGACAACACAUCUUUUUCAAGGAGAAAAAGAAAUUGCUUAAGACAUUGAAUUGGAUCAAACUGUUUUAUGAAUGUGUUCUGGCCGCUUGACCUGGGUUCAGACAUGUCGAAAAAAAACAACAUGAUGGUUUUAAUUUGUCAGUAAAAGUCUUUGGUCUGCUCCUGGUUUCUGCCCAUAAUCCACUGUAAAUCUCAUGCCAGCCCAGUUCUCUAAAAGUAACGUUUGCUUCUUCCCUACGUGAUUGAAAUUUGAGAAAUCCUAGAAAAAACUUUCCAUGUGCUCUACCGGGAGGGAAUUUUUCACUUGGAUGUUGAUGGGUUGAUGAGCGAUAGGUGUUUUUUUUUUUUUAAUUUAUAUUUUAAUCUGAACACGGUUGAGUGUCACAAAACUGUAACUCCUUGUUAUUCCUUCUUCCCUCUGGUGCCUCUCUCAGAUUUAGAGACUCAAAAAGAACUGAUCUUCAUCAAAAAGAACUGUUGCAUCAGAGCUCAGAUGUAAAACAUGACGAGUAAACAAUAUGACGAUGUAACGCGCUGCUUUUCCAUAACAGAGAACCCUUCAUCAAUGUGUCAGAGAAAUGUUCUCUCAGAGCAGGUGUUGAAUUAGUAAACUACAGAGUAGUUUUGUCAGAAAACUCUCAAUAGCACUCAGCCCUAAUGAGUCAAAUUCCAUGUGUUUAUUUAAAAGGAAAGACUGUAUCAUGGUUUAAUAACAGGUCACGAAAGCUGCUCUCCAGCUUCUUUCUCAUCGUGUGUUCUUCUGUUGUAUCUCAGCCGAAACCUGUAGGAGGACUUUGCUGAAUGGAAACUGAAUUAAAAAGAAAAGAAACGUUCCGGUUUUGUACAGUAUGCUGUGUUUUGUUAUUGGUUUUCUGAUGUUGGAAGUCAAAGAAUUAAAAUACAUGCCUCUUAGUUGUCAAGGUGGGAAAACAUGGCUGCCUGUGCUGCAAAGUUUAACUGUUAACCGUGUUGUUUUGAAUGUUUUCAGUCUUGUAAAAGUAGGUGAUUUUGUGGGCUGCCUUUUUCCUUUGACAUCAAGUCAGGAACAGGAACAGGACCUGAACUCCUGGGUGCCCACGUUCUGGCUUUCAGGGGAGCUGUAAGUCGGAAUGAUAAGUUCAGACUUUACUCAGCCUCACCUUUCACAG